GCCUGUCGCUGAGCUCUGGGGAUUAAACCGCUGCCUGCCACAACCCCGUAUCUCUCUCCCCGGAGCACAGGCAGUGACCUCAGCCUUGACGUUGCUGGGCCUCCCUCCGUGAGAGUCUCGCAGAUGCUGAGGCUGCCACGCUUUCCAUCCUCACGCCUCACUCCUUCCUCAGCAGGUCCUUGAAGAACAGACGCUCCAUCCAAGAGAGAACCGAUUGCUGCUCUCGCCCCGUUCCAGGAGACAGAACAGGAUGGCUGAAAGGGACCUGGAGGCCACAGGCGAGCAAACGGUACAACAGGUUGACAAGUACCUGUAUCACCUGCGGCUUUCAGAUGAGAUCCUGCAGGAUGUCUCGGCCCGGUUCCGGAGAGAAAUGGAGAAAGGCCUGGGGGCGGACACCAACCCCACCGCCGCGGUCAAGAUGCUGCCCACCUUUGUGAGGUCCACCCCUGAUGGAACUGAGGAAGGAGAUUUCCUGGCCUUGGAUCUCGGGGGCACAAAUUUCCGGGUGUUGCGAGUCAAGGUGGCAGACAACGGGAGCAAGAAGGUUGAGAUGGAGAACCAGAUCUAUGCUAUUCCUGAGGAUCUGAUGAGAGGCAGCGGCGUGCAGCUCUUUGAUCACAUUGCCGAAUGUCUGGCCAGCUUCAUGGACCAGCUGCAGAUUAAGGCGAAGAAGCUGCCCCUGGGAUUUACCUUCUCCUUCCCUUGCUACCAGACCAAACUGGACGAGAGCAUCCUCGUUACGUGGACCAAGGGUUUCCGGUCGAGUGGCGUGGAAGGGAGGGAUGUGGUUUCCCUCUUGCGGAAGUCCAUAAAGAAACGAGGGGAUUUUGACAUCGAUAUUGUUGCAGUGGUGAAUGACACUGUGGGAACCAUGAUGACCUGUGGCUAUGAUGAUCACAACUGUGAAGUUGGACUUAUUGUUGGCACUGGUACCAAUGCUUGCUACAUGGAGGAGAUGCGCCACAUUGACUUAGUGGAAGGCGAUGAGGGGCGCAUGUGCAUCAACAUGGAGUGGGGAGCCUUUGGGGAUGAUGGUGUUUUGAAUGAUAUCCGAACAGAGUUUGACCGGGAUAUUGACAUGGGAUCGCUGAACCCAGGCAAACAAUUAUUUGAGAAGAUGAUCAGCGGCAUGUACAUGGGCGAGCUGGUCAGGCUUAUCCUGGUGAAGAUGGCCAAGGAGGAGCUCCUGUUCGAGGGAAGGCUCACUCCGGACCUGUUGACGACGGGACACUUCGAGACCAGAUACGUCUCGGCCAUUGAGAAGGAGAAGGAAGGCCUGUCCAAAGCCAGAGAGAUCUUGACCCGUCUGGGCCUGGAGCCCUCCCACGAUGACUGUGUAGCCACCCAGCGCAUCUGCGAGAUUGUCUCCACCCGCUCAGCAAACCUCUGUGGCGCAGCGCUGGCUGCCGUGCUUCGGCGCAUCAAGGAGAACAAAGGAGUCAACCGGCUGCGCUCCACCGUCGGGGUGGACGGCACCGUGUACAAAAAACAUCCCCAUUUUGCCCGGCGCCUCCAGAAGGUCGUGCGGCGCCUCCUCCCUGAUUGCGAGAUCCGAUUCAUCCGGUCCGAAGACGGGAGCGGCAAGGGUGCAGCCAUGGUCACCGCUGUAGCUUACCGCCUCGCAGCGCAACACAAAGCCCGGCAGAAUAUUUUGGACCCCCUCCGGCUGAGCCAUGAGCAGCUGCUGGAGGUCAAAGAGAGGAUGAGGGAGGAGAUGGAGCGGGGCCUGGCUCGGGAGACCCACGAGGAGGCCACUGUGAAGAUGCUGCCCAGUUACGUGUGCUCCACGCCGGACGGAACAGAAAAAGGGGACUUCCUGGCUUUGGACCUGGGGGGCACCAACUUCCGGGUGCUGCUGGUGCGCCUACGGAAUGGGAUGCGGCGCAGCGUGGAGAUGCACAACAAGAUCUACGCAAUUCCCCAGGAGAUCAUGCAAGGGACAGGAGAUGAGCUUUUCGACCACAUCGUCCACUGCAUUUCGGACUUCUUGGAAUACAUGGGCAUGAAGGGGGUCUCGCUCCCUCUCGGCUUCACCUUCUCUUUUCCUUGUGAGCAGAAGAGCCUGGAUGAGGGUAUCCUCCUGAAAUGGACCAAAGGUUUCAAGGCUACCGGCUGUGAGGGAGAAGAUGUGGUGGCCUUGCUGAAAGAAGCCAUUCACCGGAGAGAGGAGUUUGACCUUGACGUGGUCGCCGUGGUGAACGACACAGUGGGUACCAUGAUGACCUGUGGUUAUGAAGACCCCCUUUGCGAAGUCGGCCUCAUUGUUGGUACAGGCAGCAACACCUGCUACAUGGAGGAGAUGAAGAACAUAGAGCUGGUGGAUGGGGACGAGGGCCGGAUGUGCAUCAACAUGGAGUGGGGGGCCUUUGGCGACAACGGCUGCCUGGACAACGUUCGGACCGAGUUUGACAUCGCUGUGGAUGAAAACUCCCUCAACCCUGGGAAGCAAAGGUACGAGAAGAUGAUCAGCGGGAUGUACUUGGGCGAGAUUGUCCGGAACAUCCUGAUUGAUUUCACCAAGCGAGGGCUGCUCUUCCGAGGCCGGAUCUCCGAGCGGCUGAAGACCCGGGGGAUUUUCGAGACCAAGUUCCUUUCGCAGAUCGAGAGCGACCGCCUGGCCCUUCUCCAGGUCCGUUCGAUCCUCCAGCACCUCGGGCUGGAAAGCACCUGCGACGACAGCAUCAUCGUGAAGGAAGUGUGCACGGUGGUGGCCCGGCGUGCCGCUCAGCUGUGCGGGGCAGGAAUGGCUGCCGUGGUGGACAAGAUACGGGAGAACCGUGGGCUGGACUUCCUCAAGAUCACCAUUGGUGUGGAUGGGACCCUUUACAAACUCCACCCUCAUUUCUCCACAGUGAUGAAAGAAACGGUGAAGCAACUUUCGCCCAAAUGCGAGGUGACGUUCCUGCAGUCCGAAGACGGGAGCGGCAAGGGGGCGGCGCUCAUCACGGCCGUGGCCUGCCGGAUCCGGGAGGCCGGGCAGCACUGAUCAGCCGAGCCGAAUCCCCCAAAGCCACCGGCUGUGGGUGUCCCCGGGAUGUCCCGAGCACCACAGGCUGACUCCUUGCUUUCCUCUUUCUUACGAUACCGCUGCUGAGACCCACGACACUGUGUCUCUUGUGUCAAAAGCAUCCCUUCCACUCUUCUGCAUGACGUACGCGUGCAUAUCCGGUCCGGCUUAAAGCGCCUCUUCUAGGAGGUGCAGCCUUGCUGUCCGUGUCCCAGCUCUUCCCUGGAAAGGGUGGGCUCCUAGGACCUCAAGGUUCUGCUUCACACCACCUGGGCCCCUAUCUUUUUCUCCCUCGGUGUCCGAACCUUAGCAUCAGCACAGGCAGAAAAAUAUAGAGGAGCCCAAUCUUUUUGAAGAGUGGGUGGAAAGAUCAACGUGGCGUUUCUGUGAAAAGACGUGGCGCCUUUCUUUUAAAAGCACAGGAUGGGGUACUCCUUUCAAGACUGGGAAGUCCAGGGAAGGUCUUUAUGAGGGAAAGGAGGCGUACUGCUAUUAAAACAGGGAUGGGAACUAAACACAGGGUCCCCACGUGGAGUUUUGUCGAAGGGCCUCGUUAGUUUGAACAGCCGAGCACAAGCUGAGGGAUAUCUGGAGCUUUAGAGAUGGCCUUGUUCCCGGGCUUGCCCCACUCAUUUGGGUCUAGAUGUGUCUGAUAGCGUUGUUGUUUGAUUGAUUUUGUGUGUGUGUGCGUGUGUGUGCGUGCGUGCGUGCGCGCGCGCCUGUGUGUAUGGCAGCUGCCACAGAUCUUUCUCUGCUUUGUGCUGCUUUGUAAAUAGAACCGUUACCCCCAUCCAAAUUUCCAAUCCCCCCCCUUUUCCUCAAAGGGUUCUCAAAGCACGGACCUUUGCCACGAUUUGGGGGGAGUUAUUUAUUCCUUGGUCCUGAUGGCACACCUUCACUUGACCUCACAACUGGCACGACCCUUUCAUAGCAAAUGUUUGUGUGUCAGUUUCUGUACCUAGUC